ACCGGCCGCCAUCUUGUUAUUGCAUGGACAGUAGAGUUAGAAAGAUGGCGGCCUCCAUACAUGCCAUACAUUGCGAAAAAUCGAGAAGUGUUGGGUGCAUUGUCUGCCACACCACUACGACUUCUGGGGGUUGCGAAAACUGCAAGCAUUCGGUCGUUACUCCAUGAGAAACUGGAAGAGCUUGCCACUGCAGAAGAGCAAGAACUAAGUGACAGCCAGCUCAGCGGAACUGGAAGCAAUGUGGCGUGGGAUACCUCACAGGAAUCCCCUCACCAUGAAGCAAACGGACUGAAUGAACAGAUUGUGGACCAUGAACACUCGGACAGUUUGGACGACAUGAAGCGAACCUAUCCUGAUGAGGUGCUGGAGAAGUCAAUUGUAUUCAGCGCUGAAGGAGAUGCCGGAUCAGGGAAGAGCGAAGCGGGGAACGGCGAGAGUGCAACAGACGAGAACUCGCCGCCGAAGGUUCCGAGGCGAGAUGAGAGGUCUGAUGAGGGAGUAGAGCUGCGCAAAGCAUCGACAUCAACUCAAGAAAAAGCUUCAUCAUCAAAAGGGAAAAGUAAAGGGAAGAGACGGACCACAGACAGUGAAGAGGGGGAAUCCUGGGCCAAAGUCAAGUUUACUGUACAGGACCUAGAGGGCCACAAUGAUAUCAUCUGUGCAGUCUCCUGUGAUGGAUCAAGACUGCUCACUGGCAGCCGUGACACCAUGGUCAAGUACUGGGACUUGGACAAGGGCACGGAGCUGAGGAGUAUGGGUGGCCACUCUGGAACCAUCACGUCUGUCAUUUUGCUUCCUGCAGACGAAAGCUCUGACUUGGCUUCUUGCUACGAUCUGCCUGUCAGUGACCGCAUCGGGGUGACCGGAUCAAAGGAUUGUUACAUCAAGGUGUGGUCCCUGGAAACCGGCCGAGCAGUGCAUUCCGUCUACACCUACAACCCUGUGGAGUGCCUGGGGUACAUUCCAGACAGAGCUCUCAUCAUAUCUGGCUCAGAUGGAGGUAAGGUUGAACUCUGGGAUAUCAGGACCGGAAGUAGCGUAUUCUCCACCAUUGGACAUGAAGAUUCUGUUACAUGUAUUCACAUCAACAACACUGAAGUUUACACUGCAUCCAGCGACGGCAUCAUCAAACUCUGGCAUCUGAGGGACAACUCUCUCCACCCCACUUUUGUCUCGGAAAACAUCUCCAGUACUUCCUCCAGCCACCUACUGGCCCGACGCCACAUCCGGUCACUGGCUGUCCAUGGUGACAUCAUCUACUACGGAGACGACGGGCUGAACGUCAAGGCGCUGGACUGGAAGAAAGCCUUAGUUCACAAGCUCAAGAACCACACUGGGGACUUUGGAAGCACAGACGCCAUGUGCUCAACCCAGGAUUUAUUGGUCUGCGCAGGGUAUGAUCUGGACAACGGCUGUGGUUACCUCAAUUUCUGGCAUCUUCCGGAAGAGGUCUACCUUGCAACUCUGAAUGACAGGGACAUCAGUCGUGUUGUUGCCAUAGGCCAGACGCAGACAAAAGAGGGUGCUCUGCGCCUCAUCACUGGAGGACAAGAGCUGAGAGUGUGGGACAGAAUCCCCAGAAAGCGAUACAGUCCUCAAGAUGCAGUUCCAGCUGAGUUCAACUACUCGUUCUCGGUCAAGGCUCAAGAUUCCGACCUGGACUCAGACACCACGGAUGCGAGUGACAGCGAACGGGGUGGGGCCAACCAGAGGCGUGGGCGGCGAUGGUCAGAGGGGAGUGCGGGCUCAGCCAAACAGUCCUGGUGGUCAUGGUGCACGCUGGUCUAGAGACACCCAUGCCAUCAUCCGAGGUACUAAGGGGGGUGGGGCUAGAGGAGAGAGGGGGCAGGCGACCUUGGUAGGUGUGAACUUCUUUCACUACCUACAGCUCGUAUUUUAUACUUCAUGUUGUAUUUCGAUUGCUGGGAUUUGUGAAGUGAAUUUAAAAGUUUGCAAUACUGAUUUAGGAAUCAUGAAUAUGAGUGUACAGUUAUCAACAGUGACUUUUUAUUGGACAAAAUGUCCUGUCUUCCAAACCAUUGAGCGUACUCAGCAUUGGAUGAUGCUUUCUAAAUGUAUUGUACACUAACCAGUCAAACACUUGUUAGUUGCACUUUUUUUAUCAAAAAUGAGUACUGUCUUGUGUGAUUAGUAGACACAGUUUGGUAGAUUACAUGUAUUUAAAAAACUUCUUUAUCUUGAUUCUCGUCUCCAGAAACAUUUAAACCCAUGUCAGCUUCUUGUAGGUCUAGAGUUCAACUAUUUUUGUGGUUUUGUCAUUUUCAUAAUAGGUGUACAUGAACUGGUCAGUCUGGUCCCGAGCCCUGGAAAGCUAAACUUAAGACACAGUAAUACAGCAUGGCUCUUUGUAGAUAGGUUCUGCAUUGGGACAGUGUAUUGCAGGUAGUUAUUUUAUAAAAUGUCGAAUCUGAUGCGUCUUGUUUUCACUCUAUUUUUGACAUUUUCCUUUUUUUUCUCGCACCUAUCCAUGUUUUACGGUGUAAAUACAACUUUCAGGCUUGUGUUUCUCAGCAAUCCUGAUUUGUGAAUUUGGAUUGUAAUCCAUUACAUUGGUUCUUUUUGAAAGAAGUAACAAACACUAGUCCGAGCAAUCUAUUUCUGUUUCAAACUUUUAUUGUUUCCCAGAGAUGCCAAAACAACAGAGUAAGGAUCGAGUACUCCUGUCUAUGAAAUAUAAUCUAUCUAUGCCUUUUUUUACAGAAUGAAAAAUAUCACAAACAUAAAUUACAUAAUAGUAUGAAGUGCUUUGUUGUUGCUUGCCAACAUUCAAUUAUUUCUGUCAUUUUUUGAAAAGUGUGGUGUAAUUUGUCUAUUCGAUCAGGUGACAAAUCAAGUGAUCUGUCUGGAUGAUCACACCUUUGGCAUGAGAUCCAAUGUGUCCAUGCUACAAGUUUGUAGCCAAAAAAGGUUUAAAUGCAUUGAAAUGUUUGAAUUGAGAAUCCUUGGAUUUUUAUAAAAAAAGAAACGAAAAAAUGACCACACA